UAUUCUUUAAUAAAUAUUUCUCUUUUUUUCAUCAAAUGACAGGUCAAAUGCCAAGACUUUCUAAGGUCAAUCUUUUUACUUUGUUCAGUCUCUGGAUGGAGCUCUUUCCCUCGGCUGAGCAACAGAAAAAAUCACAGGUAAAGAAGAGUGGUCUAGUGGUGGUGAAAAACAUGAAGAUUAUUGGUCUUCACUGUUCCAGUACAGACUUGCAUGCUGGCCAGAUUGCGCUCAUUAAACACGGAUCAAGACUUAAAAACUGUGAUCUUUAUUUUUCCAGAAAACCAUGUUCGACUUGUUUAAAAAUGAUUGUAAACGCUGGGGUGAACAGGAUUUCUUACUGGCCUGCAGAUCCUGAAAUCAGCUUGCAGAAUGAGGCGUCCAAUCCCAUCACUACUGAUGAUGCAAAGCUAGAUGCCAAAGCAGUAGAAAGACUGAAGUCAAAUAGUCGUGCUCGUGUGUGUGUGUUGCUUCAGCCCUUGGUGUGCUAUAUGGUGCAAUUCGUUGAAGAAACUUCCACCAAGUUUGAUUUUAUUCAAAAAAUAGCAAAAUCUCAGCCUGACUCAAAUACUGACUUUUAUACUGCAUGUAGACAAGAGAGAAUAAAAGAGUAUGAAAGUUUAUUCCUAAUUUCAAAUGAGGAAAUGCACAAGCAGAUACUGAUGACAAUAGGACUGGAGAACCUCUGUGAAAAUCCAUACUUCAGCAACCUUAGGCAAAAUAUGAAAGAUCUUGUCUUGGUCUUGGCAACAGUGGCUGCCAGCGUCCCUGUCUUUGGAUGUUUUGGAUUUUACAACAGCGAACCACAACUAACAAACGAAACAGACCAUCAGGGUUUGCCCCAAGAAAUUGCAAGGCACUGUAUGAUACAAGCCAGACUACUUGCUUACCGGACAGAGGAUCAUAAAACAGGAGUUGGAGCUAUUAUUUGGGCAGAAGAAAAAUCAAGAAGCUGUGAUGGAACAGGAGCAAUGUAUUUUGUUGGCUGUGGUUACAAUGCCUUUCCUGUUGGAUCUGAAUACGCUGAUUUUCCACACAUGGAUGAUAAACAAAAAGAUCGGGAAAUCAGAAAGUUCAGAUACAUCAUACAUGCAGAGCAGAAUGCCUUGACAUUCAGGUGUCGAGAAAUAAAGCCAGAUGAGAGAAGCAUGAUAUUUGUGACAAAGUGUCCAUGUGACGAAUGUGUCCCUUUAAUCAAAGGGGCUGGUAUCAAGCAGAUCUAUGCAGGAGAUGUUGAUGCUGGAAAAAAGAAAGCAGAUAUAUCCUAUAUGAAGUUUGGUGAACUUGAGGGUGUAAACAAAUUUACAUGGCAACUAAAUCCAUCGCAUACUAAUGCCCUUGAAUUCCAUGACACCACUGCCAGGGAAAUCUGCUUGUGUAAAGGAGACAAAGCCAUUGGGAUGGCAAUCGUUGCUAGGAACAGCUGAAACUGAAAAGUCCCUGAAACAACAUAGGUACAUGGAAAAGUAAAUCAAGAUACAAGUCAAAUAUUACAUGCAUUAAAUAACUACACUGCAGUGAAUGCUGCUGAUAACCUGGACUUCAUGAGGAGUUAAGUUUCUACAUUUACUUUUUAUCGUUUUUUAAAAAGAGGAUUUUUCUACAAAACUCUCCUUGAAACUUGGAGUUGCUUGUAAGGCUGAAGGCUUGGAAGUCUGGCUUUAUUUCUGUCUUGCCGUAUUUCUACAGAUUCCUCCAGAAGCUCACAAAUUUCUGUAGGCUCUGAUUAUCAGUAUAACCCUACUUCUUUAAUUCUUACUGGGAUUACAAAGUAGGGUCUUCAUCCCAGCCAACAGGAACAAUGUGCACAGGGUUUCUCUCCCAACCCACGGACUCUGUAGGUGCUGCUGUGCAUGUCAUCUGCUUACCAGGGGGAGCCACGGAAGGCUGGACAUCUCCUGCAGUGCUUAUUUUGCAAAUGAACUCUAGAAUGUUUGUUUCUUAUGUAAAAACUACAAUGUAUUUAAAAUUAAGAAAUGUAAAAGCUAUAUAUUUUAUAUAUUGUAUGAAAUGUCCAUAUGUGUUUUGAGUCUCUUCCCUUCAUUUCAGAGCAGUCAUUUUAACUGCAGGUAUUAACUAUCACAAUAAUUUGACGUCUUGGUUGAGAAUUACAGAAAUUCCCUGUUAAUUGUCUGCCUUACAGCAAAACUUGUUUUCUGCUAAUAAAUUAA